CUCGACGUGUUGAAUUCUCCUCAUGCUCAACAGAUACAUGCUGCUUUUGCAAAUAUUAUUAAAUCUCAACAACAUUUAAGGAAAGUUAUCUUAAAUUACAAAUCUGGUUUCCGUACUGAAUUACAUGGAAUUAUUUCUGCUCUAGCUUUUCAACAUAAAUCAUUGCAAGAAAUUAAAAUUGCUAAAUGUUCUAAUAGUUCUGAAUUUCAAAUUUUAUCUUAUUGUGAAAAUUUAGAGAUCCUUCGUAUCUUUUAUGCUGAUCAAAAAAUAUUAAAAUCUUUAUCUACUAGUCUUUGCAAACUUUCUAUUCUGGAAAUAAAUACUCGUCAGUUUGAUGCUUCAAAUCUAUCAGAUGUUUUAGAAAGAUCUGGACCUUUAUUACAAAGAUUAAAACUUGACUCUGAAUUUGAAAUUCUUUCUCAAUCUUUAUUAUUAGAGUCACUUACAAACUUUUGUCCAAAUAUUAUAUAUCUUUAUAUCUCUUCUAUCAGAUUUUCUACUCAAUUUCCUAAACUUAUUCAAGGUUUGCAAAGAUUAAAAUUCUUUACUUUAAAAUGGAUAAAAGUUACUACUGAAAAAGUUGGUGUCACUAAAAAUCGCGUUAUGAGAGUUGCAAAAUUAUUACCUUCAACAUUACAAUAUUUGGAAUGGAAAACUUUACGUACAAAUUCAAAUUCUCAUAAUGAUGUUUUACUUCAUUAUUGUAAUGCUCCUUUAGUAAGGUUAUUAAUUGAAGUUAAUUAUGGCAAAAAAAAUUUUUUACAAACAUUAUUUGAAUUUCGAUCUAGAAAAAGAACUUUAAUAUAUGUAUAUAUUACAGGAUCUGAUUUAGAUAUAGAUUUUGAGAAUGAUUUAAAAGGUUAUAUGAUGCAAUUAACAUAUGAUCAAAUUGUUAUUCAUUGUUAA